AUGCACUCUCUCACCCACUCCUUCCUUCCCGUCGCCCUCCUAACAGCCGCAUCAUCAGCAAUCAACCUGAACGUCCUAAACGGCCAAGACUUCGCCGACCCGGGCCUCCUCGAGGUCAACGGCAUCAGCUACUCCUACAGCACCGCCUCCAACCGCGGCGCCAUUCCCAAGACCUCCAACAGCAGCUUCAACAACGCCGGCGGUUGGGCUGCUCCAGAGAACUCUUUCCCACAAGACAGUCCCGCCCAAAGCCCUGGCGGCUGGGCGAAAGCAGGUACAUCAUGGGCCCCAGACGUGGUGCAAUUGACGGAUUACGAUUCUUCGUUUGCGAUGUAUUACGCUUCCGAAAUCAACGGCAAUGGCGGACAGCCACAUUGUCUGGGCCUUGCACGAAACAGGGAUAACCCAAACGGCCCGUUCACGGAUGGAUCAACACAGUCCUUCAUCUGUCCGGCGUCUGAAGGCGGUGCCAUCGAUCCGGAAGCUUUUCUCGACGACGACAACAGUCGAUAUCUAGCAUACAAGAUCGACGGCCCGUUCAACGGCCAAGGACCUUGCGGUGGGACGCAAGGCAACACGCCGAUCAUGUUGCAGCCACUGCAGCAUGAUGGCUAUACCUUUAAUGGCGACGCCCGCCAGGUCUGGGAUGCGCAGAGCGCGGGUGUGUUGGGGAUUGAGGCGCCUGCGUUGUUGAAGCGGGAUGGUGUCUACUUCCUCUUCUACUCGGUGGGAUGUUAUGCUGGGAAUGAUUACAGGACGGAUUAUGUGACCGCCAGCAAUAUCUAUGGCCCGUACAGCAACCCGAGGACGCUGUUGCAGACGGGGGAUUUCGGGUUGUUUGGGCCCGGCGGUCUGGACGUUGUGCCUGGAAGCCUUCACGCGACCUUCCACUCCCUGAUACAGAGCGGCAACGUUUCCGCUGGGCGACAGCUCAACACUGUUGUGCUGAGUGUGAACGGCAACACAGCCACCAUUAGCUAG